CAAUUCUCUCUUGUUCCAUCAAUUCAUUCCUACCUAGAAGCAUUGUUGCUGACACUAGUUGUAUUGAAUAAAAUGGUUAUAGUAAGUUGCAUUGUCGCUGCCUUUACUGGAGAUGGUUGCUGACUCUGUUUAGAGAUGUAUGUUACAACUAGUAUUCGUUUUAGGGACUGCUUCAUCUGUUGCUGGAACUACUAACGGAACCAUCGCUGAGGCUUGUGUUCUUUGGUUCGGAUUAAGCUAUCGGAGCCACAUGUUGCGCAUAAGGGUUGUAAUUGCUGCCGCGAAAGUGAACAAAGCUGUGAUGCGAGCUGCCGGUAACUUCAGGUUGAUAGAGACUUCCGGUGGCGCGUUUGAGUUAUGGAAUUGCGUUUUGAGGAUAUGGGCACAGAAGUUACGAAGAGCUUGUUUAAUUGUUGUUAAGAUGCUCUGUCUUGUCGAAUGA